AUGGAUAUAAAAGAAACGCUUUUCACAGAACAGUACAUAGUUGAACAUGAAUAUAGAGAAAGGAAUGAGUAUGAUUCGAAUUCCGUUGACCCUUUUAACCAUCACGUUCGUUGUUGCAUCUGCAGCUGAUAACGAGGCUCUCAAAAAGUUGGUCGCUGGUAAUCUCGAAUUCACUUCGAAUGUGUAUAAGAAACAAGCAGAAAGUGUGAAAGAAAAUCUCCUCAUUAGUGGUAUAUCGGCAAAGAUCGUAUUGUCCCUUCUGAGUCAGGGCGCAAAAGGAGAAACCAAAACCGAACUUCAGCACGGCAUAUCAGAAACAGAUGAUUCGAUAAACGCAUACAAGGAUCUGAUAUCGAAACUUGAUCAGAGCAACGAGCAUCUAACUUUGAAAACUGCCAACAGAAUCUACGCGGCGGAGGGAUUCAAAAUUCUCGAUAGUUUCAGAAAGAUUAGUGAAGAUCCAUACGAAGCAGGCACUGAAAAUGUUGACUUCGGUGAUAACACAGGAACUGCUCGUAAUAUCAAUAAUUGGGUUGCCAAUCAGACUAACAAUAAAAUAACUAAUUUAAUAAGUCCCAAUCAGCUCAACGAUGGUACAAAACUUGUUCUAGUGAACACCUUGUAUUUCAAAGAUAAAUGGCUACACCGUUUUGAAGAACAUCGCACUAAGAAAGGUAUAUUUUAUACAUCAUCAACAAAAUCGAAGGAAAUAGAUUUGAUGCACACCGAUGGAACCUUCAAUUACAGACGUUGCAACUACUACAAAGCCCAAUUCUUAGAAAUUCCUUUCAAGCAAAGCAAUAUCAGCAUUCAUUUAGUGUUAUCAAAUGAUAAGGACGGUCUGACAUCUCUUGAACCACAUAUCAAGGAUAUUCUUGUUCCACAUAGUUAUCAUCCCAGAAAAGUUGCGGUUAUUAUACCAAAAUUUACUACCAGAUCACAAAUUGAUUUCAUUCCUAUCCUGAAAAACUUGGGAGUUGAGAAAGUAUUCGAUGGUCAACAAUCAGAUUUGACAGGUAUUUCAGAUUCAAACAGUGUAUCACAAGGAAGAUUAGCUGUAGAUUUCGUCACUCAGCAAACCUUCAUAAACGUAACUGAAGCUGGAGUGGAAGCUGCAGCAGCGACAGCAGCUGGUGUAUCAGCCACCGCUAUUCUAGUAACGGAACCUCCAGCAAUUGUAUUUAAAGCCGAUCAUCCAUUCCUGUACUACAUUAGGGACAAUGAGUCCGGCUUGAUUCUUUUCGUUGGAAAAUUCACCAACUGAAUGAAUUGUUACCAAUAUUGACGAAAUAAAAAUCUACACCGAAUAUCAAAAUCUUUGAAAGUAA